AUGGGAACCACUUGGUCGCAGUUCUUUCCCCCUGUGCCUACUCUGACAGAAUCAAAUCUUCCCAACCAAAAAGGUAAGAUUUUCCUGGUGACUGGUGGCUACUCUGGCGUGGGUCUGGCUCUGUGCGAGAUCCUUUACCGGGCUGAGGCCAAGGUGUACAUUGCUGGCCGUUCGGAAGAGAAAGCCACGCAUGCGAUUGCAAGCAUCAAAAAAUCAUGUCCGGAUUCAAAAGGAGACCUUGCCUUCCUUCUCCUCCGUCUUGAUGAUCUUGCAAGUAUCAAAUCUUCCGUGGAGGCCUACACUGCCGUCGAGUCUAGACUCGAUGUUCUAUUCAACAACGCUGGGGUCUCCAACCCCCCACGCGGGGCCAUCUCACCCCAGGGCCAUGAUCUUCAAUUCGCGACAAACUGCCUAGGCCCUUACCUCUUCACCCAACUAUUACUUCCCACGCUCAAAUCUACUGCUAAGAAAAUGUCAUCUGCUUCUGUGCGUGUCGUUUGGACAGCUUCGAUUGUCGUCGACAUUUCUGCUACCAGCGAUGGGGUGGAUCUCGCCGAGCUUUUGCGACCAGACACAAACCCUCAACGCAAUUACGAAAACACCAAAGUCGGCAACUGGUUUCUGGCCCGUGCCCUUGCCUCCGAAGCCGGGUCACAUGGCAUAUUGAGCGUGGUCGUGAAUCCUGGGAACCUGAAAACUCCGCUGACCCGUCAUUUGUCUCCAAUGGUGCCCUUUCUUGCAGCACCCUUACUGUACCCUGCAAGAAUGGGUGCUCUCACUGUGCUUUGGGCUGGUCUCUCGACUGAGCUAGAGUUAACUGACGGGGGCAAGUAUAUCUUGCCUUGGGGGCGUUUACACCCAAAUCCUAGGCAGGACAUAUUGCGAGCGAUGCAAAGGAAGGAGGAUGAUGGUACAGGGCCUUUAGUCAAGUUUAUAGAAUAUUGCGCUGAUCAAACUCUGGAGUACAUGUAA